AUGGCUCUGGCCUGGGGAAGCCUUCUCAUAGUUCUCUCCUCCUUGUAUCUUGGAAUCUCUUGGGCAGCUGUUAAAGACUUAAUUGCAAUUGCUGGACCUCUCAGAAGUAACGCCUGGGGACUUGACAAUGAAGCAAGGCCGUACGUUGUGUUUGAUUGCACUGAAAAUGAUGUACGUGAGCUGAGAGAGCAAAUUACAGUUCUGCAUAAGUAUGGAGUUACCCACUACAAGAUACGUUUAGAGAAGAGGUCCAUGGUGAAGGGUGACUAUCAAGUGCAGUGUUACCGGAGCCUUCUCCAGGUCCUGACCGAGGCUGGGAUCAGACCGAUAGCAGUAUUACACAGUGGAGAUGGGCUACCCAUCCUUCAUACUGCUGAGAAUAACACGUACGUAGACUAUGCUGACUUUGCCUUUCGCACGUUUGGGGAUCUGGUCCACACUUGGAUCACCUUCGAUAUCCCCAAACAUGAGACAACUGUCUCGUUACAGGAUCUGCUACAAGAACAUGUGAAGAUGUCCAGCUUAUACCGCAGCAAGUACUCCACAACUGGUGGUCAGCUGUCUAUUGCUGCAGAUCCGGCCAUUGUGGACUUAUUCCCAACACUUCAAGAACAUUUCAUGGAGUCGUUGGAUUUCCUAGCACUGAACCUGGAAUAUAACUGCAAUCAUUUUAACCUGCUUCCAACAUGGACGGCCUAUAAGAACCUGAAGAAUGUGAAAAUUCUAGUUUUUGGUUUAUCACUGGCCAACUGCGAUGGCUACCUGGAGAGCCGGAAAAAUCUCAUGGCAUUUAAUAUACGUACAGCUAUAACUGGGACAGGUGCCACCUUCUUAGGAUAUGAUGUCAACAAUUUCCUCACUGCGUCUUCUGGUAAAGUAGGAUCACAGAGGCAGCUGGGUGGAUCUUUAUCUUCACGGUCAGCGUAUACCACAGUUUGGGAGAAGUUUGCCAACCAGACACCAGCUGAGCGUGAUGCCUUCUUGUCUGAACCAUUCGGUGGUAGAAUCUUGUGGGGUUCUUCUUCCGCGGCCUUCAAAGUAGAAGGAGGCUGGGCCGAGGGAGGAAGAGGGCAGUCUAUAUGGGACGUGUUUGGACAACAAGGCCACGCUCAAGGCAACGCCACUGGAAAUGUGGCCUCUGACGGCUACAACAAGAUUGACUAUGAUGUAUACCUCCUAAAGAGUCUACAGGCUAAGGUCCACUACUUCUCCAUCUCCUGGUCCCGAAUCUUCCCAACAGGGCGCAUCUCCUCAGUCAGCGCAGCGGGGGUGAAAUACUACAAUAAGUUAAUUAAUAAAUUAAUAGAAGAAAACAUCACACCGAUUGUGGCACUCUACCACUGGGAUCUGCCUCAGGCCCUGCAGGAGACGGGUGGCUGGCAGAACGAGGCCAUUAUUGCCGCCUUUGAGGAAUAUGCUGAUUUCUGCUUUAGCAGCUUCGGGGACCGAGUAAAGAUGUGGAUCACCUUCCAUGAGCCCUGGGUGGUCAGUUAUGCCGGUCAUGGUACCGGGGAGCAUGCACCUGGGAUUAAAGAUCCAGGGAGCGCCCCAUUCAAGGUGACUCACAAUAUUUUGAAGGCUCACGCAAAGGCCUGGCAUGUCUAUGAUGAUAAAUACCGCCCCGAGCAAUAUGGGGCGGUGGGCAUGUCUCUGAAUUCAGACUGGGCAGAGCCGGCAAACCCCAAUGACCCAGAAAGUGUGAGGGCUGCAGAGCGAUAUCUCCAGUUCAUGCUGGGAUGGUUCGCUCAUCCUAUUCUAGUGAAUGGAGACUACCCAGAGGUUCUGAAAACACAGGUGCAUCAGAAGAACGUCCAGUGCCCCAGCAUAGUGGCUCCAUUGCCCACUUUCACUGAAGCAGAGAAGGCCUAUAUUCUGGGUACUGCAGACUUCUUUGGGAUCUCCCACUACACGUCCCGACUGGUCAAUGUCUCCAGCAGCUCUGUUUGUGAGCCCAGCUAUGAUAAUAUUGGUGGGUUUACUGCGCACGUGGAUCCAUCCUGGCCAACCACCUCCUUGCCGUGGAUCUCAGUGGUGCCAUGGGGCUUCAGGAGGCUUUUGAAUUAUAUCAAGCAAGAGUAUGGGAACGCUGGACUGUCAACAUUUAUAACUGGCAAUGGAAUGCCAACAUCCGAUACUGCAGACGCAUUCAAUGACACAGCCCGAGUGCAGUACCUAACCUCCUACAUCAACGAGGCUCUUAAAGCAUCCACUACUGAUGGUAUAUUUAUAAGAGUUUACAUAGUCCGGUCCCUCCUGGAUGGCUUUGAGGGCCCUGACGGAUACAGCCAGAGAUUCGGCUUACAUUAUGUCGAUUUCCAAAACUCAAACAGACAACGGACCCCCAAAGCAUCCGCCUAUUCAUACGCCACCAUUAUUGAGAACAACGGCUUUCCAAGAAUCAAAACUGCUAGUAAGCUUUUCAGUGCAGAGUGGCUGCAGUCUCAAAAUCUGGCUCCCCAGCCAGCAUCAGAGGUCCCUUCAAAGGCAAAAGUUGUGUGGGAGAGGUUUUCAGGCCAGACGGCCUUUGAGAGAGACAUGUAUCAUUAUGCAUCUGUUCCAGAAGAUUUCAAAUGGGGGGUUUCAACAUCAGCCUACCAGGUGGAAGGAGCAUGGAAUGAAGAUGGAAAGGGGCCUAGUAUAUGGGACACAUUUACACAUAUACCUGGAAAUGUAUUUAAUAAUGGCAAUGGGGACAUUGCAUCUGACAGUUACCACCAGCUAGAUGCGGACUUGUAUAUGCUUAGAGGCCUAGGAGUGAACAGUUACCGCUUUUCCAUCUCCUGGUCUAGAAUAUUUCCAACUGGGCAAGGCACACCCAAUGACAAAGGUGUUGAGUAUUAUAAUAGACUCAUUAACAGUCUGCUAGCAAGUAACAUUUCUCCAAUGGUGACCCUUUACCAAUUUGAUCUUCCUCAAGCUCUCCAGGAUUUGGGUGGCUGGGAGAAUGACGCUGUUAUUGAAGCCUUCAAUAACUAUGCUGACUUUUGCUUUCGCACAUUUGGAAAUAGGGUCAAGUUCUGGAUGACAUUCCACCAACCUUACACCAUUGCAACAGCUGGCUAUGGAACUGGUACACAUCCACCUGCAGUAAAAGACCCUGGUUAUGCUCCAUACAGGGUAGGUCACAACUUGUUGAAAGCCCAUGCCAGAGUCUACCAUACUUAUGAUGAGAACUAUCGGGGAAGCCAAAGCGGAGUGAUUUCAUUAAGCCUGAACACAAACUGGGUGGAACCCAAUGACCGAACAAACCCAAGGGACAUCGAAGCCGCUGACCGCUCCCUGCAGUUUAAGCUGGGGUGGUUUGCUCACCCCAUCUAUAUAAACGGUGAUUACCCUGAGGCCAUGAAGUGGCAAGUUUCCAACAAGAGUGUGCUACAGGGUCUCCCAUCCUCCAGACUUCCAGCUUUUACAGAGGAAGAGAAGGCCUAUAUUCUGGGCACCGCUGACGUUUUCUGUAUUAAUAUCUACACCACCAAAAUAGUUCAGCAGAAUGUUAACAGCCUGCACCCUCCAUCUUUCGAUGCGGACAUUGACACUGCAGAAAGAUUUGAUGAUAGUUGGCCUACCACAGCUUUUAAUGAGGCUUACAGGGCAGUAGCCUGGGGGAUGCGGAGGCUGCUUAAUUGGGUAAAAGAAGAGUAUGGGAAUAUCCCAAUCUAUGUUACAGAAAGUGGACUUUCUAUGGACAGCAACCCAGAUUUUGAUGACAUUGCCCGAAUAGAAUAUUACAAGACAUACAUUGAUGAAGCACUGAAAGCUUACAGCCUAGAUGGCAUCAAUCUGAAGGGUUACUGUGCGUGGUCCCUAUUGGACACUUUUGAGUGGGAACAAGGAUACCGACUACGGUUUGGUCUUCAUCAUGUGGAUUUCAAUAAUCCCAAUCGGCCAAGGACAGCCAAACGCACAGCUAUCUACUAUGCAGAGGUGAUACGCAACAAUGGAAUAGUACAGACUAGUGAUGAUAUAUUCCUUUAUGAUGAAUUCCGCCCUGACUUCGCUUGGGGUAUGGCCUCCUCUUCUUUUCAGAUUGAGGGAGCCUGGAGGGCGGACGGGAAAGGGCUCAGCAUCUGGGACCAGUUCUCACACACAGAGUCAAAGAUUGUAGAUGGGAGCAAUGGAGAUGUAGCAUGCAACAGUUACUACCGUAUUGAUGAAGAUGUAGAGAUGCUGAAAAGUCUGAGGGUCACCCACUACCGCUUCUCCAUCUCCUGGCCGAGGGUUCUCCCAGACGGUACAAAAAACUUUGUGAAUGAACCAGGGCUCAAUUACUAUGUUCGAUUUAUUGACGCCUUACUGGAUGCCGGUAUCACCCCCCAGGUGACAAUAUAUCACUGGGAUCUGCCGCAAGCUCUACAGAAUGUAGGUGGCUGGGAAAAUGAAACCAUAGUGGAGAGAUUUAGAGACUACUCAGAUGUGCUCUUCGAGAGACUGGGGGACAAAGUGAAGUUCUGGAUCACCCUGAAUGAGCCAUACAUCAUUGCCUAUCUGGGAUAUGGGGAAGGCUCAUUUGCACCAGGCAUAAGGUCCCCCGGAGUUGGGGUGUAUGUGGCAGGACACAACUUGAUAAAGGCUCAUGCUGAGGCCUGGCACCUGUACAAUGACAAAUACAGAACCACACAGGGAGGACAAAUCUCCAUCACCCUCAACUGUGACUGGGCUGAACCCAUCAAUCCGUACAGGCAGGAGGAUGUGGAAGCAGCACAGAGAUACUUGCUGUUUUUCGGUGGUUGGUUUGGAUACCCGAUAUUCAAAACAGGGGAUUACCCUGACGUCAUGAAGAACAAUGUGCGUGAAAGGAGCCUUGCCUUUGGACUGCCUCAAAGUCGUUUGCCAGAGUUCACAGAAAGUGAGAAGCAGAGGAUUAAAGGGACAUACGAUUUCUUUGGCCUGAACCACUACACUACUGUCCUGGUGGGACGAGCCGUCUAUGAACUACAUUACCAGGCUUAUGAAGGAGAUAGAGAAGUCUACCUAUGGAGUGACCGUACCUGGCUUGGGUCAGGCAGCUCCUGGCUGAAGGUGACUCCUUUUGGCCUGCGAAGAUUAUUAAACUGGAUAAAGGAGGAGUUCAACAAUCCCCCCAUCUAUAUAACUGAGAAUGGAAUAUCCGAACGUGAGAAUAACCUACAUGAUGUGUGGAGAGAGCACUACUACAGAUAUUAUAUCAAUGAGGCCAUGAAAGCUGCCAAACUGGAUGGGGUGGACUUGCGUGGUUACUCUGCCUGGAGUCUCAUGGAUAACUUUGAGUGGGCAUCUGGCUACACGGAACGCUUUGGUCUUUACUACACCAACUUCUCGGACCCGGGUCUGCCUCGCAUUCCCAAGGAUUCUGUCAAAUAUUACAGAUCCGUUGUUAGAUGUAAUGGUUUCCCCAAUCCUCGAAAUAUCUCUCAUCCUUGUUUCCAACCAGAUAAUUGGCCUGAAGAGACAACCACCACCACCACCACCAGAGGUACUCAAACAAGCAUCAGCUCUGGACCCUCAGAAGAAACAGAAUCCGUCAGUUUCCUGGGACUGGGCAUCUCUACAAAGGAUGCCUCCAUCGCUUUGUACGUGGAGUUUGCCCUGUUACUUGCCUCUGUCUUGGGAAUUAUCUUAUAUGUGGUGAUACACAUAAAAAAGGGCAAGAAGACAAAACUAACAGACUUAUAA